AUGCUUUCAGGACUUCUCCUUGAAGACGCCCUCCUGUUCAAUGCAACCAAAAAGGUCAGCAACACCCCAGACAAGCUGCUCUUCUUGAGCAUCAUCGCGGGGAUAUGGGUUGGUUUGGGCGGCGUGGUCGCUGUGAGUGCUGCAGGUGGUGUUCCUGAAGAUGUGCGAAAGCAAUGGGUAUCGCUGCCAAAGUUCUUGAUGGGGUCUUUUUUUGCAUUUGCGUUGCACUUCAUCGCCCUUUUCGGAGGCGAGCUCUUUACAGGCAAUACCAUGUAUCUGGCCAUUGGCUGGUUCAACAGGGUGGUUUCAUUCCGCUCACUCAUGCUCAACUGGUUCGUGGUCUAUAUUGGGAAUUGGGCAGGCUGUCUCCUCGUGGCCUACUUUCUCGGCUACCUGACCAACCUUUUUGGCUCGGAGCAAUAUAGAAUCUUCCUCAAUGAGAUUGUGGUUGGCAAACUUGAAGCUCUUGGAUGGGGCGAGAUCUUCCUGCGCGGAAUUGGAGCAAACGCCAUGGUUUGCAUUGCUCUGGUCAUGGGCAUUGCUGCGCGCGAUGCAGCGGGUAAAAUAAUGGCACUUUGGUUUCCUGUGGUUGUCUUUGUGCUAUCUGGUUACGAGCAUUGUGUUGCAAACAUGAUAUUCUGCUCUCUCGGACUCAUGUACGGUGGACAUUCCACAAUAGGCAGGCUGUGGUACAACCAAUCUGCUGCGGUCUGUGGUAAUAUUCUUGGAGGAGUCAUCUUCAUCGGUCUGGUCGCACAUCUGAUGAACCACUGGUCUUCGCCCAUUUUCCAGAGCGUCCCUGGAGCGGGUACACUUGCGGCGCAGGACGUCGAGAGCUCGAGACGGGCCAGAGACGUACCUGAUUUGCAUCCGGCCGACAUCAUAGCACGAGCAAGAUGUGCCGUAAGUGCAAGGGCGGUGCCGGCAGUACCGGCCACACAGGGGAAGGAACCAGAGGUCGAUCUCGAGAUGGGAACUACUACCCCGACGGAAGUUCCUGCCAUUCAUAUCAGCGUUCCUGAGAGGCAUGUAGAGAGAUGCCCGUGUCAGGACAUCCCUGUUGGAGGCCAUGUCGAGGCGAUGGAGCGAAGGAAAGCAAUUCGUGCGAUGCGCGAAACAGAGAGUCAAGUAGCAUGA